UUGAAGUAUCUCGAUUCCCGUGACAGUAGAGGGAGUGAAACAGCACCUGCUGCCAUUCUGGCAUUACGUCAAUGGUGGUCGUCUGAUUCGUUCGUUUGGGAGGAGUUGCUGCGACCGCCAUUGUUAGAGUUCCUUUGCAUUACUGAACGUGAUUAGUGAAUUCGUAAAAUUAUUCUUAUUUCGUGAAGGUUUUUAUUCGUAGUUUUUUUUUAAACGUGAAACGUUAAUAGAUUAGAGGUGAUAAAUAUAUAAGGAAAAUAUAUAUUAGUGAACGUAUUAAUAUCGACAUAUUAUGUCCACGAUGAAUCCGGAAUAUGAUUAUUUGUUCAAAUUGUUGUUAAUUGGAGAUUCUGGAGUUGGAAAAUCGUGUUUGCUGUUACGUUUUGCCGAUGACACAUACACGGAAAGUUACAUCAGUACCAUCGGUGUAGAUUUUAAAAUAAGAACAAUUGAUUUAGACGGGAAAACAAUUAAAUUGCAAAUCUGGGAUACGGCGGGUCAAGAAAGAUUUAGGACAAUUACGAGUUCUUAUUACAGAGGUGCGCAUGGUAUUAUUGUCGUUUAUGAUUGCACAGAUCAAGAUACAUUUAAUAAUGUCAAACAAUGGUUGGAAGAAAUUGAUCGUUAUGCCUGUGAUAAUGUCAAUAAACUUUUGGUUGGAAACAAAUGUGAUCUCCAUACUAAAAAAGUAGUCGAUUAUACUACAGCCAAGGAAUACGCAGAUCAACUUGGUAUUCCGUUCUUAGAAACAUCUGCAAAGAAUGCUUUGAACGUAGAACAAGCAUUUAUGACAAUGGCUGCAGAAAUAAAAAGUAGAGUGGGACCACCAUCGAGUGGAGCUAGUGAUCCAGCAAACAAGGUUAAGAUUGAACAUGGACGUCCCAUUGAGACGUCUAAAUCCGGGUGCUGCUGAGAAAUGUAAUUUUGAUUCUCUUUUACCAAAAAAACACGCGUUGCAAAAAAAGAAAAAAAUUAAUUGCAGUUUUAUACUGCGACGAUUAAACUCAUUACCAGAGACAAAAAAUAUGGGAAAAAGGAAAAAAAAAAAAAUGGAAAAGUCUUCAGUUUAAUAUUAAUAGAUAUGAUGUGUGAAGUGUUGUCACGUAUGGACCACCAACUCUGGCGCAGAGUUACGCAACAAUUGUUUGCCCUCCCUCCCAGCCCCCCUCAAAAUUAUUUCUUUUUUGUAAAGGGUGAAAACAAAAACAACAUGAUUUAACUCUGAUAUGAUUAUUUAGUAUAAAAGUGAACAAUGUAUAGAAGAAAUAACGACUUAGUAUUACAAUGUUCAAAGAAACAUGCUAGACGCGUACACAUGGGCAAUUUAAAUUACAAUCAACAAUAACAACACAACAUAAAGGAAAAAUAAAUUAAAUAAGUUUUUCUGUAUGAAUAUUAGAAAAAUAAGCACUUUGAGUUUCUA